AAGGCAUCGAAUCUCGAUUUAUUGUGAUACGACCUCAUACGUUGGAACUAACCCUUAAAUUUGACAAUUUCAAAUAAUAAUCUGGGAGUUUGUUAGUCGACCGUUUCAGCAAAUAUCCAACAUCAGCCAAAAUCACGUGCAACUGGCAACACCUCAAUUGAUAAGCGCCCUUAUUGGCUCAAGUCCAGUCUUACUUCCAGCUCUACGCGCGGCUCGACUCGACGCUAUUCAAGACAACAAGCGUCCUUCGGGGUAGUCUCUGAUUCAUACCCGUUGUGAUACCCCUUUUGCGGUCCAAUAUCACGUCGAUACCCUGUCACAGAGUCCCUCCAACCAACACAGAAGCCGCCUUCCUCGACACAAGAGACACUCACGACCACCCACGAUCGUUACCAAUAUCGAUAUCAGCGAACUAAAUUCACGACUUUAGCCUGUACAAACUUGCCCGAGCUUGAAGUAUUCGGCAGCCAGCUUAGCUGAAACAACAACUGCUUCUUUGAGGGACAUCUCCAACUCCGAGCACAUUUCUUAGACGAUAUCCGAGACCAACAAAGCUCAAACAAUACUUCAUUUGUGUGACCUCCAAACACUUCAAUACAUAUCCCAUGCAGGACCAAAUGUCGACGGCAGGGACGGCUCCUCAGGUCUCAUCCCCAUCGCCUGCUCAUUACCAGACAGCUCCUUCUCAGUUGCCAGCUUCACUAUCAAUAUCUCGACCAAAUUAUCCUUCUAUCAGCCCCCAACAGCCACUACAGGAAGCUCCAUAUAUGUCUAAUCCGGCUCCACUUCUCCGUCCUCCGAUCCCCGGCUCCCGCAAUACCACCGGUCGACCUCCUCGACUGGGCCUCGCCAUCCCUCCGUCACCCAAUGCACGCCCCGUGAACUCCAUGCCCGACCUUUCCUCCCUCUCUCUGAAAACACCGGCUCUUUCUCUCCAAACCUCGUCGCCACAACCGCCCACUGCUCGACCCACUGGCCGCCCUGGUCUCCCUAAAUUGCAGCUCGCUACCCCCAGGGGAAGCUUGCAGACACAGUCCUACGAUGUCUCGUUAAAGAAUGGACGGCCCAGCGCAAUACAAGGGGCUUCGGCGAGCGGUGGAUCAGAUAGCAGUGCUGCACAUUCAAGGUCUGGAAGCUUUGGGCCGCUUGAUGGCAAGAUGAGCGGACCGACAAGUGCUGGAAGCCAGUACUCUGCGCUGAGCUUCGCGAGCCAGUAUGGGAUGCUCAACCAACCCAAGGGGACGCCUGACCCAGCGUCAGCAGCAGGGUCGUCGUAUUCUAAUGCUAGUGAGGGCGGGGUUGGGAUGGAGAGGGACGGGAGCAUGACUGGGCCGCCCGAGUAUGAUCAGGCAACUUUGGAGAGGGCGAGGACACUUGAUGUGGAGAGUUUAGAGGAUGAGGGAUGGCGUAUUGCCCAUAUGGAGAAGAGGGUUAUUGAGCUGGGCAGUUUGGGAGAGGGAGCUGGGGGUGCUGUUACACGAUGUAUUCUGAAGGGUGGCAAGACGGUCUUUGCAUUGAAGAUCAUCACGACCAACCCCGACCCCGAUGUCAAGAAGCAAAUCCUCCGCGAGCUCUCGUUCAACAAAGAAUGUGCCUCCCAACACAUCUGCGCAUACUACGGCGCCUUCGUCGAGCCCUCCACAGCUACCAUCUGCAUCGCCAUGGAAUUCUGCGAGGGCGGGUCUCUCGACUCCAUCUACCGCGAAAUGCGCCGCCUCGGCGGCCGCACCGGCGAAAAGGUGCUCGGCAAGAUCGCCGAAGGCGUUCUCAACGGCCUCACAUACCUACACGGCAAGAAGAUCAUCCACCGCGACAUCAAGCCCAGCAACAUCCUCCUAUGCCGCAACGGGAUGGUAAAACUAUGUGACUUCGGCGUCAGCGGCGAGUUCGGCACUAAGGGCGUCGCCGACACCUUCAUCGGCACGUCGUACUACAUGGCGCCCGAGCGCAUCACGGGGCAGAGCUACACGAUCACGAGCGAUGUGUGGAGCACGGGCGUUACACUGCUCGAGGUCGCGCAGCACAGGUUCCCGUUCCCGGCGGAUGCGCCGGAGGGCGCGGAGAUGCAGCCGCGGGCGGGGCCGAUCGAUCUUCUAACGUAUAUUGUUAACCAGGCGAUCCCGAAGUUGAGGGAUGAGCCGUCGAGAGGGAUUGAGUGGAGUGAUAAUAUGAAGUAUUUCAUUGAGUGCUGCCUUGAGAAAGAUCCAAACCGCCGCGCGAGCCCGUGGCGCAUGCUGGAGCACCCGUGGAUGAUCGACAUGAAGAGCAAGAGGGUGAAUAUGGGCCACUUCCUCGCCACAGUGUGGGGCUGGGGCGAGAAGUAGGGGCUGGACAGCACGCACAGUUGACGCGGAUGGCGAGGUGGGAAUGGGGACAACGCGUAGGCACGGAGUUCAUGGGCGCGGCGGAACGCUUUUAACGAUUUUUACGAGAUGGAUGGAUGGAGGGAGGGAGGGAGUGGGAGAUUGGGCAUAAUGAGAACGAAUUUUUGUGAUAGGCAUCUACGGUCAUGUUAGCGGAGAGGCACAACGUGGGACUCACAACGUGGGACUCAACCGCUUGGCUUGCGUAAUCCCCCGUCCACUUAUCCAUCCCUCUCUUUCCACCACUUUCUUCCAAUUCCGUCAUAAACAAAAACAAGCGCUCUUUCCUUAUCGUGAGAGAAAUUCUCUUCAUGGGGAACGAGCACAUUUUCGACGAGUGCAGAACACGCGUUUAUUUUCGGGGUUAAUCACGUGACUUGGGGUUGUUUUUUGGUGGGUGGCGUGGCGAUCUGAUCUGGGCUGUGGGUGCUGGCGGCUUAGGGUGCGAUUUCCUAACAUAAUAGGGGCGGUGGGUGUCGGCGUUUAGGGACUGAGGGUGGAUCCAUAGGAUCCACAGGAUCCACAGGGUCCACAGGGGAGUUUUCUUUUGGCCAGUGUGGUACCGCGGUACUAGCGGAUGUUUUGUUUUGAUUUGGG